AUGAAAGACUCGUCUAAGAGUCUCGAGGCUGAGGUCCGUUCGGUAUCCCCGUACGAUGACUCAAAAGCCAUACAGGGAGAAAUCACGGGCGUUCACAACUCAAAGACUCAGCGAGGUUUGAGCUCACGCCAUGUUCAAUUCUUGGCUCUGGGUGGUUGUAUCGGCACUGGACUUUUUGUCGGCAGUGGCCAAUCACUGUCGACGGUUGGUCCUGCUCCUUUGCUCAUGGGCUAUAUUGUCAUGUCAAGUAUUGUAUACUUUGUGAUGAACAUGCUUGGUGAAAUGACUACCUAUCUUCCCGUCCAGGGUGUUUCUGUGCCCUAUUUGAUCACUCGGUUUACGGAGCCCAGUCUUGGAUUUGCUGUUGCGUCAGAAGUCACUGCAUCCGGCCUUGUCAUUGAGUAUUGGCAGUCGCCAGUUAACGUGGGAGUAUGGAUCGCAAUUAUUCUUGUUGUCAUUCUCUUUCUCAAUAUUGUCGCGGUCUCUUGGUACGGUGAAGCCGAAUUCUGGUUCGCGUCACUCAAGAUCCUCGCCAUCCUCGGUCUAAUCAUCCUGGGUGUUAUACUCUUCUUCGGCGGUGGCCCUAACCAUGACCGUCUCGGUUUCCGGUACUGGAAAACACCCGGCGCAUUCGUAGAGCCUUACUUAGUCCCGAGCAUCAGCACAGGCCGCUUUCUGGCAUUCUGGACCGCCAUGAUCAAGUCCGGGUUCUCCUUCAUUUUUUCCCCAGAACUGAUCACCACUGCUGCCGGUGAGGCCGCCUCGCCACGCCGCAACAUCCCCAAGGCGGCGAACCGUUUUAUCUACCUCGCAUAUAACGACAAGAGCCUUCUGCGUAAUUUGGGUGGUUCUGGUGCUGGAGCUAGUCCGUUCGUCGUCGGCAUUCAAAAUGCUGGUAUUUCUGGAUUGAACCAUGUUAUCAAUGCUGCCAUUCUUAUAUCUGCCUUUUCCUCGGGCAAUUCUUGGGUCUUUGCUGGGUCUCGCACACUUUACUCACUCGCGGGUGAGGGCCAAGCUCCCAAGAUUUUCCUUCGCUGCAACAAGAACGGCGUUCCGUACAACGCUGUACUAAUCACUUGGGCGAUUGGUCUGCUCUCCUUCUUGAACCUGUCUGCCUCCGGUUCAACCGUGUUCUAUUGGUUUACCAACAUCACUACAAUUGGAGGUUUCGUCUCUUGGGUUGUUGUGGGUGUGGCAUACUUGCGUUUCCGCAGCGCUUUGGACUUCCACGGCCUGCUCAAGUCGCGACCGUUCAUUACUCCCUUCCAGCCAUAUGGGGCGUACUACGCUAUUGUCUUUGUCUCACUACUGGCUAUUACCAACGGCUAUACGGUAUUCUUCCCCGGUUCAUUUACGGCCUCGGAUUUCCUGGUUUCCUACAUUGUCUUUGUGAUCUUCUUCGUGCUGUACUUUGGCCAUAAGUUGUAUUACAAGACUCCAUGGAUGAUCAAGGUGUCGGAGCUUGAUAUCUUCAGCGGCAAGGACGAAAUCGACCGACUUGAAGAAGAAGAGAUCGAACCGCAGCCACGCAACUGGCUAGAGCGAGUGUGGUGGUGGAUCGCAUAG